UCCAUCCUCAAAGACAACAAUCAGCACAGGCGGAGAUGGAAGUUUUCCCCUUGCUCUUGGUUUUGUCCUUCUGGUGGUCUCGAACCUGGGACUCGGCGAGUGCGGAUUCGAUCAUUCACAUCGGAGCAAUUUUUGAUGAAUCUGCCAAAAAGGAUGAUGAGGUGUUUCGCACGGCAGUUGGCGACCUCAACCAGAACGAGGAGAUCUUACAGACUGAGAAAAUCACAUUUUCGGUGACGUUUGUUGAUGGCAACAACCCUUUUCAAGCAGUUCAAGAAGCCUGUGAACUCAUGAAUCAAGGCAUCUUGGCCCUGGUCAGCUCCAUUGGCUGCACAUCAGCUGGGUCCCUCCAGUCUUUGGCAGAUGCCAUGCACAUCCCCCACCUCUUCAUUCAGCGCUCAACAGCUGGGACCCCAAGGAGUGGCUGUGGACUCACCCGGAGCAACCGGAAUGAUGACUACACUCUCUCUGUUAGGCCACCUGUCUACUUAAAUGACGUUAUCCUGAGAGUGGUCACAGAAUAUGCCUGGCAGAAGUUAAUUAUAUUCUAUGAUAGUGAAUAUGAUAUCCGUGGAAUUCAGGAGUUUUUGGACAAAGUGUCUCAGCAGGGGAUGGAUGUUGCACUUCAGAAGGUAGAAAACAACAUCAAUAAAAUGAUCACCACUCUCUUUGAUACCAUGAGAAUAGAGGAAUUGAAUCGCUAUCGAGACACUCUUAGGCGAGCCAUCCUUGUUAUGAAUCCUGCCACAGCCAAAUCCUUCAUUACUGAGGUUGUGGAGACGAAUUUGGUUGCUUUUGACUGUCACUGGAUCAUUAUAAAUGAGGAAAUAAAUGAUGUGGAUGUACAGGAACUUGUAAGAAGGUCAAUUGGAAGGUUAACCAUCAUUCGUCAGACAUUUCCAGUCCCCCAGAAUAUAAGUCAGCGAUGUUUCCGUGGCAACCAUCGAAUAUCUUCAACGUUGUGUGAUCCAAAGGAUCCAUUUGCUCAGAAUAUGGAGAUUUCAAACCUUUACAUAUAUGACACGGUGCUUCUGCUUGCUAAUGCUUUUCAUAAGAAGCUGGAGGACCGAAAGUGGCACAGCAUGGCUAGUUUGUCAUGUAUCAGAAAGAACUCCAAGCCCUGGCAGGGAGGGCGUUCCAUGCUGGAGACCAUCAAGAAGGGUGGAGUUAGUGGGUUGACUGGAGAGCUAGAAUUUGGAGAAAAUGGAGGCAAUCCCAAUGUCCACUUUGAAAUUCUUGGAACCAACUAUGGAGAAGAGCUUGGCCGAGGUGUUCGCAAACUUGGGUGCUGGACUCCUGUCACAGGGCUGAAUGGGUCCCUGACUGACAAGAAACUGGAGAAUAACAUGCGUGGAGUGGUCCUACGUGUGGCGACUGUUCUGGAAGAACCUUUUGUAAUGGUCUCUGAAAAUGUCCUGGGUAAGCCAAAGAAAUACCAAGGCUUCUCCAUUGAUGUUUUGGAUGCCUUAUCUAACUACCUGGGUUUUAACUAUGAAAUUUAUGUUGCACCGGAUCACAAGUAUGGAAGCCCACAAGAAGAUGGGACAUGGAAUGGCUUGGUGGGAGAACUAGUGUUUAAGAGGGCCGACAUAGGGAUUUCUGCUUUGACUAUCACCCCAGACCGUGAGAAUGUGGUGGACUUUACAACACGUUACAUGGACUACUCAGUGGGAGUCCUACUUCGAAGGGCUGAAAAGACAGUGGAUAUGUUUGCCUGUCUUGCACCAUUUGAUCUCUCACUAUGGGCUUGCAUUGCUGGCACAGUUCUUCUGGUCGGUCUACUGGUCUACCUCUUGAAUUGGCUUAAUCCCCCAAGAUUACAAAUGGGAUCAAUGACUUCUACCACUCUCUACAACUCCAUGUGGUUUGUGUAUGGAUCCUUUGUGCAGCAAGGUGGGGAAGUCCCAUACACAACUCUGGCUACCCGAAUGAUGAUGGGGGCUUGGUGGCUAUUUGCUUUGAUUGUCAUCUCAUCUUACACAGCAAACCUUGCUGCUUUCCUCACUAUCACCCGCAUUGAAAGCUCCAUCCAGUCUCUCCAGGACCUUUCCAAGCAAACAGAUAUCCCUUAUGGCACAGUCCUGGACUCUGCGGUAUAUGAACAUGUUCGCAUGAAGGGAAUGAAUCCUUUUGAGAGGGACAGCAUGUAUUCCCAAAUGUGGCGGAUGAUCAACCGAAGCAAUGGAUCAGAGAAUAACGUUCUGGAGUCCCAAGCAGGCAUUCAAAAGGUAAAAUUUGGAAAUUAUGCUUUUGUAUGGGAUGCAGCUGUAUUGGAAUACGUGGCUAUCAAUGACCCAGAUUGCUCCUUUUACACCAUUGGGAAUACUGUUGCCGAUCGAGGAUAUGGAAUUGCAUUGCAGCACGGCAGUCCUUACCGGGAUGUUUUUUCACAAAGGAUCCUGGAGCUUCAGCAGAAUGGCGACAUGGACAUCUUGAAGCACAAAUGGUGGCCCAAGAAUGGCCAGUGUGACCUGUACUCCUCAGUGGACACAAAGCAGAAAGGAGGUGCCCUGGACAUAAAGAGCUUUGCAGGAGUUUUUUGUAUCCUGGCGGCGGGGAUCGUCCUCUCCUGCUUUAUAGCCAUGCUGGAGACGUGGUGGAACAAGAGGAAAGGCUCCAGGGUCCCAUCAAAAGAGGAUGACAAGGAAAUUGACCUGGAGCACCUCCAUAGACGUGUAAAUAGCUUGUGCACAGAUGACGACAGCCCCCAUAAACAGUUUUCCACCUCGUCAAUUGACUUGACCCCUCUGGACAUUGACACUUUGCCAACACGACAAGCACUGGAGCAAAUCAGUGAUUUCAGGAACACUCAUAUUACCACAACAACCUUUAUCCCAGAGCAGAUCCAGACUCUUAGCCGUACACUCUCAGCUAAAGCUGCCUCUGGUUUCGCUUUUGGCAACGUGCCUGAGCACCGAACUGGCCCUUUUAGGCACAGGGCACCUAAUGGGGGCUUUUUCAGGAGUCCUAUAAAAACAAUGUCAUCUAUUCCUUAUCAACCAACUCCUACCCUGGGGCUCAAUCUGGGUAGUGAUCCAGACCGAGGCACCUCCAUAUGA